AUGGCGUCGAUCGUGCGAUCGACCGCCCUCCGCGCCGGCGGCGCUUGCGUCCGCUGUCGCAAGGGCAAGACUAAGUGCGUCUAUGAGAACGGCAGAGCGCCGUGCAAGAACUGCGCAAAGGGCAUGCAUGAAUGCUACCUGCCCUCCGAGUCGAUGAGCCACGGUGGCCACGGAGUGUCGCCGGCACGCGUCCAGCAGAGGGCGCGCGAGUCGCUGCCUAGCGAGCGGGUUGUCUCGAGCGCAUCGGGCGACCGUCAGGCGCCUCCCGCCUCCAGUGUGUCGCGUCACAUCUCGACCGCCACGGAAAAACUUACACCGGAGCUACUUCAAGAAUGUGAGCGCGUCGUCUCCAAGACGCUGCCAGCAUGUGUGGCCUUCCAUAAGCCGUCUUUCUUGCAGCAACUGAAAAAUAGUUCGAUGGAUCCGGCCAUGGUCAAUGCACUACUCACGACCGCUGCUCGGCACUCUCCAGCCAUGAUCCGUCGGUAUGGUGGUCAUGGUGGCGGGUCGGCCGCGGCUGAGCACUUCGGCAGCAAGACCAUUGGCCAAAUCAUGAAUGCCUUGGAUCAGCCUGGCCUUGCCGAUAUCCAGGCCCUCUGCCUCUUGGUCAUCCAUGAAUGGGGUUGCCGCAACGCCGUGCGUGCCUACAUUUAUCUCGGCCAAGCCGCCCGUAUGGCCCAGAUGUACCGCAUCGUCCAUACGCGCCAUCACCAGCCCGAUCCCGACCAGUUUCUACAGGAUGAAUCGUUCCGGCGUACGCUCUGGUUGAUCUACAUCCUCGACUGCUUCCUCACCAGCAGCCCCGGCCGCCACCCGGCGCUGUCGUCGCAUGAUGUGAAGGAUGUGUCGCUCCCGUGCCUCGACAUGAACUACCACUUUGGGAGCCCGGUCUAUGUCCGCACACUGAGUCUCGCCCCGCCGUCGACCAUGCCAGACCCUGCCGGUCCGUUGGGCGAGAUUGGCGAGUUCGGCCACAUCGUGUUGGCGACCAAGGCUUGGCGAAAUGUUGUCGAGAUGAUGACCACAACAACCCUCGAGACGUUUUCGGAGGAGCAAUGCGUGGCCCUCGAGCAAGAGAUCGACCGCAUUCAGCAGUCGCUGCCGCUGCAUUUUGCCGACAAGCCCGGCCAGAUCAACCUCCACAUCACCAUGGGCAGCGGCUACACGUAUGCCAUGAUCCAUUCGCUCCUCAAUUGCGGCACCAUCUUCGUGAACCGCCGUCGCAUUCUCCAGGUCGUCACGGACGAGAACUUCACCAUGGAGGCCUGGCGCAUGUCUCCGCAUGUCAACGCGCAGGCCGUCGACCGUAUUUUCGCCGCGUCGCACAGCAUCAUCCACUCUCUCCUGGCGCUUGAGCAUGGGGCGGAUAAGGACAGCAUUCUCUGCUUCCCCAUCUUUAUGCUCUUUUCGGCCUUCACAGCGGGAUCGACCGUGGCCUAUCUCACACUCAAGGGGCUUGCCCCGCCCGACGUGACUGAAUCGGCUUCGAGCAUCGUCCGCGACAGCCUGAGGCUUUGCCAGGACGGCUCCGAGUCUUGGCCGCUAGUUCUCCCUUGGCAACGCCACCUUGCCGUGAUGUCCAAGGUUCUGCGCGAGGUGAACAGUGCGCCGCGCGACAUUGUUCGUGAGUCCCGCGAAGACAGCAAGCCCUUGAACCACCGUGUCUCGCCGUCUGUCAAGGAUGAUGUCAUGAGCCAGGCCGACACAAACCCGGACCACAUGGACUACGACCAGCAGACCAUCCCGCCUGCGCCACAUGCUCCUUCACUCACUGCCGGCAUGGAGGGGGGCCGCCACAGUGAGCCUCCUGUUCCGAGAAGGCCGGGCAUCGCUACAAUCAACGGCGGAGCCGCCUCUGCCGGUGGUGCCUCGAGGCCUGUCACAGCCAGCCCUCCCCCGGCUCCUGUUGUACCCAAGGCGGACUCGCCCGGUGCAGUGUCUUCGGCGUCGGUUGGCGUCAUGCCCCCGGCGCCGCAGCCCGGGCCGGAUGUCGACAUGACGGCGAUGGAGCUCUGCGCCGCUUUUGAACGACAGUUGCUUGAGCUUGAUGAUUUGGCUGCGUUUAUGGGAGGCGGAGUGUGA